AGCUUUAAUGUGAUCCAGCUCCGGUGGCUGCAGCCGCUUUAUCACAUUUCAACACGCUUUAUCUCCUCCUGGUCGAGACGCAGGUGGUGUCGGCCCAGGCCGGACUGCAGGUGCUGCAGGGCCGCUGCCUCAUCAGGUCGGACGACAGGUCAGCGCAUCGGCCGAGGAAAACACAUAAAUAGAUAUUCAGUUUCACGACCGGAAACACGUCAGACUGACAUGAUCGGCGCACCUGUUUGUUACCUUGGUGAGAAGAAUGUCCGGAGAUGACGCGACAUGUCAGAAUCGACACUGAUCCCGUUCGUUAGUCCGUCACCUGUAGAAGUGAUCACAGGUCUCUGUGAUAAAAUGUGGUGUCCAAGGCGCUGGAAGACCGAACAAUGAACAACCAGGUGGUUAACCCGUGGUUUAGAACCGGUCUCCACGACCGAUGACCUCACCUGGGCCCAAAUGAAUCUAAAAUGGUGUUUAAAAUACAGCUGUAAGUGUAAACCAGUGUAAACCAAUGUAAACCAGUGAGCACGUGAAGAAUCAAAACCAUUUGGAAAUAAAAUGUCAGAAAACGGUGAAAACAUCAGAUGUUUCCCAAAGCUCUGAAGUCUCCAUGUGGCACAGAGGAAACAAGAGGAGAGCAACUAUUGGCGGCACAGGACAGCCUCAGGGUCUUGCCAAGGAUGCGGCAUUGAGCAUGCUCAGAGUGCUGAUUGUUACCAUGGCAAUAAUUGACAUCGGCCAGGCGUGCGGCAGGCCGGAGAACUGCUCGGCCCACAGCGAGUCCAAAGACUACUGUUACUCUGCUCGCAUCCGCAGCACGGUGCUGCAGGGGCUGCCGUUCGGAGGGGUGCCCACCGUGCUCGCCCUCGACUUCAUGUGCUUCCUGGUGCUGCUCUUUGUCUUUUCUAUUCUACGGAAAGUUGCGUGGGACUACGGCCGCCUGGCGCUGGUCACUGACGCCGACAGUGUUGCCUCGGCGAUGCACUCAGAGGUGCCCGACCGCUACGAACGACUCACGUCCGUCUCCAGCUCCGUCGACUUUGACCAGCGAGACAAUGGCUUCUGCUCGUGGCUGACGGCCAUCUUCAGAAUAAAGGAUGAGGAGAUCCGGGAGAAGUGCGGCGAGGACGCUGUUCACUACCUGUCUUUCCAGCGCCACAUCAUCGGUCUGCUGGUCGUGGUCGGGGUCCUCUCUGUCGGCAUCGUCCUGCCCGUCAACUUCUCUGGAGACCUGCUGGAAAAUAACGCCUACAGCUUCGGACGCACCACUAUAGCCAACCUGAAAUCUGGGACAAAUCUGCUGUGGCUCCACACUUCGUUUGCCUUCAUGUAUCUGCUGCUGACUGUCUACAGCAUGAGGAGGCACACGUCCAAGAUGCACUACAAGGAGGACGACCUGGUGAAACGCACUUUAUUCAUUAACGGCAUCUCUAAAUAUGCCGAGGAGAGUCAGAUCAAGCAGCACUUUGAACAGGCGUAUGAGAACUGCACGGUGCUGGAGGCUCGCAUCUGCUACAAUGUGGCCAAACUGAUGGCUCUGAGCGCUGAGAGGAAGAAGACGGAGCGCAGCAAGAAGUUCUUCACUGACCUGAUGGCGAAGGAACACAUUCCCACCAUGAUCAACCCCAAACCCUGUGGACACCUCUGCUGCUGUGCCAUCGCUGGCUGCGAGGAGGAGGAGGCCGUCAGCUACUACACCAAGAGGGAGGCCAAACUGAAGGAGGAGUACAGGAAGGAGAAGGAGAAGGUCCACACCAAACCGCUGGGCAUGGCCUUUGUCACCUUUCAGAAUGAGGCCAUGACCGCCAUUAUUUUGAAGGAUUUUAACGCCUGUCAGGUUCAAGGUUGUCGGUGUCAGCAGGAGCCACGUUCCUCGCAGUUUAGCGAGGUUCUUCACGUCUAUAACUGGAGUGUUUCGUAUGCGCCCGACCCACAGAACGUCCGCUGGGAGCACCUGUCGCUGGGCGGGAUCUCCUGGUGGAUCCGCUGCUUCGUCAUCAACUGCAUUCUCUUCAUCCUCCUCUUCUUCCUGACCACGCCCGCCAUAAUCAUCUCCACCAUGGACAAGUUCAACGUCACCAAGCCUGUGGAGAACCUUACUAGUCCCAUCCUCACUCAGUUUAUUCCCACCCUGCUUCUCUGGGCUUUCUCUGCUCUGUUGCCCACCAUCGUCUACUACUCUGCCUUCUUUGAGGCUCACUGGACCAGGUCUGGAGAGAACAGAACGACGAUGCACAAGUGUUACACCUUCCUGAUCUUCAUGGUGCUGCUGCUGCCAUCUCUUGGACUCAGCAGCCUGGAUGUUUUCUUCCGCUGGCUCUUUGACAGAAAGUUCUUGGCUGAUGCUGCAGUCAGAUUUGAGUGCGUCUUCCUGCCAGAUAACGGAGCGUUCUUCGUCAACUAUGUCAUUGCCUCGGCGUUUAUCGGGAACGCCAUGGACCUACUGAGGAUCCCUGGGCUGCUGAUGUACAUGAUCCGGCUGUGCCUGGCUCGUUCCGCUGCUGACCGCCGCAAUGUCAAGAGGCACCAGGCCUACGAGUUCCAGUUCGGAGCAGCAUACGCCUGGAUGAUGAACGUCUUCACGGUGGUGAUGGCCUACAGCAUAACCUGUCCCAUCAUCGUCCCCUUUGGUCUGAUGUACAUGCUGCUGAAACACCUGGUGGACCGAUAUAACAUGUACUACGCCUACCUGCCCUCCAAACUGGACAAGAAGAUCCACUCUGGAGCUGUUACCCAGGUGGUGGCUGCGCCCAUCCUCUGCCUCUUCUGGCUACUCUUCUUCUCCACCGUACGCACCGGCUUUAAGACGCCGACCUCCAUGUUCACUCUAGUGGUGCUGAUCGUCACCAUCGUGGUCUGUUUGUCUCACGUCUGCUUCGGACACUUCAAGUACCUCAGUGCUCACAACUACAAGAUCGACACCAAGGAGAACGAUGUGGACGCCGUCGAGAACGGACGUCCAGGUCGUCCGUCGUCCUCCCCCACCACCAAAUCUCGGCAGCAGCAGCAGCAGCAGCAGAUGUACAUUGCCCAGGUGCUCCAAGACCCAAACUCAGAUGAGCCGGGUGGCGGGAGCGGCGAGGAGGACCGAGGGUCAACCCAGGACGAGGAGAUGCUGAAUGGUGGGAACAGCAUCAACGAGGCGGAUUUCCAGUCUGGGGAGGACAGUCUGAUUGCCAACGAGGUCCGCCAGUAGCUUGGGGCAGAGCUAGAGGGAGGAGCUACUUGAGAGUUCACACCCACACAACAACUAAAAAUAAAGCUGACUGGAGAAUCACCACACACAACACUCCUAGACUCACACGGUUAGCUCCACCCCAUCCCAGAUUGAAGACUCGACCCUGACUUUUGACUUUGGCGCUGGGUCGCCACCAUCCGCUCCUGCACAUCUGUGGAAACCUGAUGAACAUCAGACUGUCUUCACAGAAAAUCACUGUACAUAACUACAAAGCCAAUUUUUUUCCUCUGGGGGUGGGUGGCAGGGUUUGGAAAACUGUGUCUGGGCUGGAUUUCAUUUGUUUGCACUCGUGUCUUGACUCCUGAUCCCACUGCUGGUCACCAACACUCAACCUUUCGAGGGGUCAAAGCUGAUGGUGACAGUGUGUUGUUCCUCAGCCCGGUGGAAGCCUCUAAACAAACCCUUGCCAUUGCCACCAUCUUCCAACAUCCGAGUGCCAAAUAACUCUCCAACUGCCACCUCCCAUCGUUGUAGAAAUGUCACUUACGCAGACGCAUUGCAAUCUCCUUCCCCUACUUUGCUGUUUUCUCUUUUUUUGGUGAAACCUGUGGGUCGUGGAAUUUGCAGGUACAUUCAUUGACCUGUCACGCUUUUGCCGCAUGUUGAUAAAAGUGCUGUCUAGAUUAACGUCGCCACUUCAGAUAAUGCCACUUAUUGCAGGACUGUUGGGGUCUAUGAACUCAUGCGAUUUCCACCCUGGUCCUGGCAGCACAUCCUUCUGCCUGCUGGAUGAAUGUUUUUGGCUCUCUGCUUCAGUCGGACUGCUCCUCCACCACCGAACCCCCGGACUCAACUCGAGCAUGCUUUUUUUUCUUGGUUUUGAUUUCACCUGAACUACCUUAAAUCAUGAAUACCUGUCGGGGAAUGAGGAUGUUUGUGUUGGUGUAGGUCGAGCAAUCAAAACUCUUUUCGUUCAGAACUCUGUGAAGAUGCACUGAUACGUUCAGUCACGCAGUUUGUGCUGAGGUAGAUGGAAGUGCAGCGCUUUUCUUCCAGACGGUCUACCCUCAAUGCCUGAUGCUGUCAGGACUCUCAAGGGAAAAUGGUUUUUGUCUUUGUGUUUUAAAGUGUGCAUUGUCUGUAUGUGUGUGUGUGUGUGUGUGUGUGUGUGUGUGUGUCUGGUAGCUUAUUGUCCCCUGAACCUGCAUCAUCAAGGGUUCAACAACAUGACCAGUUAACCAAAAACACAGCAACAUCAGGCUAACCUCUCAAAACAGUUGAGUCUACUGUAGAAUUAGUUCAAGAAAAUGUUUUCCCUCACCUUAGUUCCAAAAUGUCUGCGUUUAGAAGGAAUAUGAAUUGUGUGUCUUUCUCAUCCUCUACAAAUGUCAGCAUAGUCAAGAAAAAUUGAAAUCCAGUUGGUUCCAGGAUGGAUUGGUGACUAGCAGGACAGCUAGCAAAGGCAAAGGAAACCUAACAGAUCUUUAGUGCAGAUUUCAACUUUGGUAAAUUUUGACCCAUAACUUUGCAUUGUUGACAAAGAGCAGACAAUUCUGACAGAGCUGAGCUUUGAGUGGCCCAAAGAUUCCAAAAUGGAUGAAGCUAGCAUGGCUUAUUAGCCGUGGGUCAGCGUCACAUUUUGUUGAAGCUGUGAGAGCAUAAACUUAGUCACAACAGAGGAGCAUGGUUUACACAGUUGGAGACAGGACAUCAGGCUGAUAAUAUUUUAAUAAGCUAUGGAAUCUUCAUGUCCUGUUAGCAGUUUCAUUAGCUAAGCCACUAAAUGUCAAUUAGCUUGCUUCAUGCUCAUUAGCUCAGAGUUUUUACCCACUUCAGUAACUUAAUGUAUUCAAUUAAGAGAGAAAAUGUCACUGAGUAAUACUAGUAUGAUCUCAGCUGGCUAGCAGGUUAGCACAAGCUUAAGUAGUUCACCAACCUGCCUGUGAGUCAUCACUACAUUGCCAAGACUGUAGAACCAAACAUUUCAAAGACAAAUUUUUGGCUCAGAUGAAACCAGACUGAAGAGUUGGAAGGAGGAUUUCUCUCUCUCCUUUGAGGGAGCUAGGCUAAUGGUUUCUGAUGCAGCUCUGAUGAUCUGAUUUUCGGAACACUUUCCCAUGAAUCUCAUGGUGUCUGAUACGUCAGCCGAUGCUUGUUCUUUGGGGCUGUCAUUGCCCGAUGUGUUUCAGCUGCCCUAUCCGUUCUACACAUGCGUGCUCAUGCACACCUUAACCUUCCCCCCAACCAAAACCCCUGGUGCAUGCACAGAAUAGAUUUUUGGAAGAAAAAUGGUGAUAACCUUUACUUCAAAGGGCCAUACUGCUGAGAUUUGAUUUACUUCUUCUGCAAAUUUAAGGCUUUAAUUCUUUUAUAUAAAAAUCAACUUUGAAGAGUUUCAUAUGCAAUUUUCACUUGCCAUCUAUUCAGAGCCUGGUAUUUUCUGUGUCCAUGGUUCAUGUCUGAUACAGUGUGAGGACUAAAUGUUUAAAGCUCAUAUACUUGAUUGCGUGUGCAUGAUGGAUACCACACUUAACAGUUUUUCAGUGUUGUGUGCAUCCUCAGAAAUCAGCGAUUUGCUUACUUACAGUUGCUAUGAGUGUCAGUCAUCAUUUUGACAGUGUUACAGUGAUAACUGCCAGAUUUACCAUCCAAAUUCAUAAUAAUUUUAGAAACAAUGGUCCUUAAUUUCAGACAGCAGUAGGCAAAAGCGGUUUGUUGUUUCAAUCUGUCAAACAAUUUUGGUCCAUUGAAAUGACAACCAUCGCUGGCAUGGUAGCUGUAGCUAGCUAGUUGCAGAAGCUAAUGCUUGUCUCCUUGAGUUGGUUGAAAAUUCUGUUUUAAAAUGACUUUUGGGGUCUUAUAUUUGCACUUGAUGGCUGCAUACAUGGUGGCACAGUGGAACAGUGGUUAGUGCUGACACCUCAUGGCAAGAAGGUUCCAGGUUUGAGGAGAGAGUGGGG